ACGUGCUUUGAUCAUAUUCUAAGUUCUUCUGUCUACGUGCAAGCUCAGUAAAAAAAGGCAACCAGGAGAAUGCUUUGCUGUUAUUUAACACAGGGACACCACACUUCUUGUGUGUGAAGGCUGCAGGUUGCUGAUCCCAGCGCUCAGAUUGUCAGACACCCUCAGGCUUUGAAGUAAAAGUGUAAAUCUUUGGAAAGGGUUUUGGAGCGAGAAGGAGAUGCUGUUGCCUGAUGAACUUUGCUUUGCUAUUUAUGGGCCUCCUGUCCUGUAUGAAGCAGAACGAGCUCAGCCGAGGCAGCAGGGAGCUUGGGAAGCCCUAAAGCCGCAGAGGGGAUGCAGGUGGCACACAGAGGUCUACCAGGUACAAGGUUCUGCAUCAACAAAUGAUUUGCAUCUGCUUGUCUUCCUCCUGGAGGAAGUUGUGCUCACAGUAACAUCCUUCUGGGAGCGUUGUGCCAACAUUCUGCCCUUCUGCUUUUGUGAGAGUGAUGGGGACUGUAGAUCCACAGUGUCCCUUGUUCUGGUGCUGGACAAUCCCACCUCCAGCUCUAGAAGGAAACUCUGUGUUUCCCAAAUGAAAGAUGAUGACAAUGUGCUACUAGGAGGACAAAGUUGGAAACCCACAGAUGGCAGAUGUAGGAUUACAAAGGCUCAAAACCCCCAAAAAUUCUGUUUCACGACAGGAGACUUGAUUCUGCAAGAGAAAUAUCUCCAUUACAAAGUCUCUUGGUCUUCUAAGGGGUUUGGAAAUGGUGUAUGUCCAUGUUCACUGACAGCUGGGAGGAGAUCCAACCUUAUUCCUGUCUCAGGAAAGCAGCAGCCAAGCGAGGAGGGGCUGUGCAGGGGCCGGGCCGUGCUGCUGCUCAGUGGAGAGGACGUUGGCACCGAGGCUGAUGUGAUCGGGAUGGCAGAGGGAGCCGCCGGGGCGGCUGUGCCAGGGAGCCCAGACACGCAGGGCUGCGUUCCCACUCCCAAAUCCCAGCCCCGGGGACCGUGGCAGUGA